GUUAGGUUGUCAAAUUUUAUAAGUAUACUCAAAUAUUUUGUUUUGGAAAAAUUCUAUAAAAUUUUUAGUAAUAUGAGUCGAAAUAAAAAAUGUCCGGAUAAAUCGAAUUUCUUAGUUUACACGAAACCGCAGGGAGAUGAAGCAGACAAACAUGGCAAACAUAAAAAGUGCAGAAAAACUGCUACAUACGAAGCCACUAUAUCCAGAGUACCUCCAAAAGUGAUUAAAAUAUGUACUGGAGCUGAAAUGAAAAAAAUGUGCCCACCUCCAUGCGACUGCCCGAAAAUCAUAAAAGCUGCAAACAAAAAUGGCGGCCUUUUAGGUUUCCUUCUAUUCAGUUUAAAGGUAGCAAUUGCAGCUGGAGUUGUAUAUGUUUCUUAUGACUUGGGAAUUUGGGGAACUACUGAAGAUACACAAAAUUUAUAUAGAAAGUAUUGUGCUGCAAAAAGUGAACCACGCAAGAAAAACGAUAAAUGGGAAUCGCCGUCAUGUGAGGCUCAACAAGAUUUGUUCGCGGCCAAAGUAUUGAGACCAUAUGAACACUGCGACAAUCCACCUUUUGAUUCAGAGAAAUCAUAUUACAAAUUCCAAAACAAGUGGAAUAGUGGAGUACAAACUGUAUUUGGAGCAAUAGCUGGUUUUCCUUAUAAUAUUAUUAACUGGUCUCGUAGAAAAGAGGUGGUAAACGAUCAGCUCAAAUGCGUCCCUUACAGUGAUCUGCCAGAAUCAGAAAAAAUUGUAUCUUCGUAUAAAUAAAUGAAGGAAAUGCCAUACAUGCUGAUUAUAACUUACUAAUAUUUUGUAACUAUAGUGUGAGUUUGACAUUAGUUUGUAUAAUAAAAAUAAAACUAGUU